AUGGCCGAGCGUGGAGACGCCGCCGCCGCCGCUGGCCCGGCGGGGCUGCGCUCGCAGCAGCAGCAGGCCGAGCGCAUGGCCCGCGAGCUGAUGGACAUGAAGAUCGAGACGGCGCACCUGCGCGAGCGCCUGCGGCUGCGCGUGGGCGGCGACACGACGGCGGCGGAGCUGGAGGCCGAGGCCUUCGCGCUGCAGACGGCGCUGGCCGAGGCGCAGCAGGCGCUCAAGGCGCGCGAGGCGGAGGCCUCCUGCGCCUAG